UCAGCAGCUCUGAGAGCUUUGAAUUUAGGCGCCCAGCCGUCAGAAGCGACGGUCACAGCGGCGGGCGGGAUGUCAACAACGCGGCCUCUACUCGGAAUGCAACGAGUCACCGAGCUAACGUGCUCGGAGCAGCCGACCAACAGACUCCCCGCGUCGGCCGGCAGACAGCAGCCGGAGGCCCUCACUCUGGACGAGUUUACGGUCCUGGAGGACAAACAGGAGGAGCUGAAGUGUGUCAAACCCCGGGUGGAGCAGGUUUUUAAAGUGACUUUCACCAUCAUCGGUCUGUUGGACCACACUGGACAGCCGCACGGCAGCAAAACAUCCCGGCAGAUAUGGCUGCAGCUCAGAGGCAGCAGAGACGACGUGUCCAAGGCCAAGGAGUUUGUUCGGGGCCUGUGUGACCCUGAGCUGCAGAAGGAGGAGCGUUAUCCCGUGGACAUGCACUGCAUCUUUGCCGGUUCCCAAGGCCUCUUCCUGGACCGUCUUGUCCGGGACACGAGCGCGGAGGUUCUCGUGCCUGAGCCGGGCCACCUGUGGCUGGUGGGCCGAGCUGAGCCUGUGGUGAUGGCUCAGAGCAGAGUUCAGCAGUUUGUUGCUCUGUUCCAAGAGAAGAGAAGUCUGCCGAGUGACCGAGAGUCCGCCGUGAAGCGAGCCUUCAAGUCCUUCGUGGAGGAAAGGGACGAUAAAUACACCAUGGAGCUCCUGCUGCUGCCCAGCGCCCUGAAGGAGGAGUUACUGGGACUGGUGCACAGCCCCCCGAGCACAACCACACCUCCUCAGGUGAGCCAGGCGCUGCAUCCCAGCAUGGCGGAGGCUGACCAGGACCGCUCACAGAGCAGCACGCCCGUGACCGAGCUCUCCAACCGCAUCCUGGACACCACCUUCGAUGAGAGAGGAUUUGCUCAGGGGUCCGCCACCGGAGGCAGUAAAGCAGGAGGGGGGAUCGGUUUGGGUCCUGAGGUGGCUCUACCCACCCGACCCUCACACAAGCGGCGCUCGUCUGAGAGCGAGACUCGAGACACAAAGAGACAGUACUCUCUGGAACGCAAGGAGGAGUCUCCUGAGAGGACGGCGAGGGAGCGCCCGAGGGACCGGGAGUGUCGGGGGGGCGGCAGCAGCAGCUGUAGAUCCAAAACCCCCUCGGCUUCUUCAACACUCUCCUCUUCUACUAAAUCACACACUGUGUCUGGUCCGAUCGCACGGGAGUCCGCUGAGGCCGGCUCAGAGGACGGAGAGGCUGUGAGCCCUGAGACAAACCUCCGCUGCCUGGUGAACUUUUUCAGGACCAUGGGCUACCAGCAGGACGUGGUGGAGCGCGUGAUCAAGGCAACAGGACAGACAGAGGACACCUUCCUGCUCCUGGAGAAAAUAGUUGAGGAAACAAAACGCUGUGAGCCGGGACUGAAAUCAGAAGAGAGGAACAGACUGUUGAACUCAGUGUGUACUGCAGACACCUCCUCCUCAUCAUCAGCCUCCUCCACAGUCUCUCGCUUGAGGGACAAGGAGUUUGACAAAGCAUUAGAGGACCUGGGGAGGUCCAAGGAGAACAUAAAGCCCAGCCAUCACGGAGACAGCAACAAUGGGUUGGGUCAUCGACGGCAGUGCAGCGGCAGCGAGAAGAGCACUCAGCAGGCCAUCACCAUCAAGAGAAGCUCCAGCGCCCAGGGAGGAGCAGGAAACUACGAGAUCAUCACCAUCGAUGAUGACGAAGACGCCAUCUUCAAUAGUUCUAAGACAGCGGAUGGUAGAACGUCUCGGAAAAUAACCGCAGCGCACGUUGACGCCACGCAGUCGGGAUACCGAACUGAUUAUCUGGCACGUGGAGGGGGAGGGGUCCAGCAGAGGGAUCACCUGUCUCGAUGCGGGACUCAAACUUUGGGAGGGUCGGUGAAGGUCGAGAGCGUGACGGCACUGCGCAGCACGCCGCAGUGGCUGACCGCCACGAGCGCCUCCUUGGCUUCAACCCCAAGUUCAGCUCAGCCCAUAAACAGAGUCUCUGCCUAUCAGACCAUCAGCCACACGGGUUUUCAGGGGGGCAGAGCCCGGACCCCUCCUACUAACGACCCCCCGCUCCCACCAGUAACUGGACUGGCUCGUUUCCACCAGUCCCUGAGGACUCCCUACACCCUGAACCUGACGAAUGAGCCGGGAAAUCCAGAUCUGAGGCACAUCAUUAUAGAUGGCAGCAACGUGGCCAUGGCCCACGGUCUUCAUCGGUUCUUCUCGUGCCGCGGCAUCGCGCUGGCCGUGGAGACGUUCUGGAGACGGGGCCACAGGGAGAUCACGGUGUUCGUCCCUCAGUGGCGUCAGAAGAGAGACCGACUGGCGACAGAGCAACACUUUCUGAACCAGCUGGAGGACCUGAGGCUUCUGUCCUUCACUCCUUCCAGAGAAGUCUGUGGUCAGAGGAUUUCCUCACAUGACGACAGGUUCCUGCUCCACCUGGCAGAGAAAACAGACGGGAUCAUCGUAACCAAUGACAACCUGAGGGACUUUGUGGAAACGUCCGACGCCUGGCGCUGGAUCAUUCAGGAGAGGCUGCUCCAGUUCACGUUUGUCGCGGAUCACUUCAUGAUUCCUGACGACCCUCUGGGGAAAGACGGACCGCACUUAGACGUGUUUCUGCGUAAAACCACCAGGUGGACUUCGGCCACGCCCCCACCACUGAGACCCCCAGACCUCAGGCCUUCGUCUGAGCAGCAGCAGCAGCCCGUUAACUUUCAGACCACCUGGGCCCCCACCGCUCACUGGCCCCAUUCCGGUCCCCCCCAAUGGCACCCACCUCGCCGCUCUCCCUCCCCUUCCCCCUCCCCCUCCCCUCCCCCGCAGCGGACAGCCGGGGAGACAUCGGAGCUGAAGAGGAAGCUGUACGACAUCUUCCCGGACCAGAAGCAGCGAAUCGACCGGAUCCUGAGCGACAAUCCGUACAUGAGAGACCUGAACGCGCUGUCGGGGCUGCUGCUGGGAUGAACACCCCCCAGGGAGGAUGGUUUAUUCUUUU